AUGUCACUCUUUGCCUUUCUUGGUGCUGUGUACCUCCUUCCAUCUAAUGCAGCGAAAAGGACAUCUUUGGCUGAUGCAGUGCAGUACUUCCUGGUGACAAGACCGCCUGGUACCAGCAUCGAAUCCUUCACCAGAGAGCAGCGCAAGGAAGGAAACCUCAAGAGAAGCCAGCCGUACCUGCUUGGAAUAGGGAGUCGUCGUCUACCAACCCAGUUCUUUGUCAUCAUUGAUGAGCGGGCAAUCCCUUGCGGAGGAGAUGUUACAUCAGCUGUGGAUGUCAUGUUCAAGUUACACUUUGUAUUCAACAUCCACUAUGCCACAGAACUGAAGGCAUUCUAUGCCUUUCUGGAGCAUUAUGUGUAUGAAGUUGGUCUGCCGAAGGAUGUCAUCCCAGCUCGUGCAUCUGAGCUGAUGUCUAGCAUCAUGGCCAUUAGCAGCAACAAGUAAUAUCCUUGAUCUGCAUUGGUGUGAUGUGGAGAAUCUUUGGCAUGGAACUAUUAGUAUCCUAAUGUAGAUUAUAGUGCUAUCAGAAUGUUCCAUAUUUUCAUUACUCAGUGUUACAGGGUGUAGUUGCAGUGUGUCCCAGAAAAACAAAAUCGGGUUUCAAAGAAUUUUUUUUUUACCGGUUCAAAAUAGAUCAUUUACUUGAUGAUUUAUA